GUAAAAACCACAAUCACCAUUUUUGUAAUUGGUAAACAUUGAGUAGCAUUAAUAAUAGUUUCUUGUAAACAAUUGAAGCUACAAUAAACUUUAGUAUAGGAGAAAUAUAUCAUAGUAAUUAAGGAAGCAAAAAAACAAUGGCAACCUCAGUGAUGUCUUCAUUGAGCUUGAAGCCUUCUUCAUUUGGUGUUGAAAGUAAGGCAGCAAUCAAAGGUUUGCCUUCUCUUUCAAGAUCUUCCGCCUCUUUCACUGUUCGUGCUAGUGGUGUCAAGAAGAUCAAGACUGACAAACCCUUUGGAAUUGGCGGAGGCAUGGAGUUGAGGGAUGGUGUUGAUUCGUCUGGAAGGAAGGGAAGGGGCAAAGGUGUUUACCAAUUUGUUGACAAAUAUGGUGCCAAUGUUGAUGGUUACAGUCCAAUCUACAACGAAGAGGAGUGGUCACCUAGCGGUGACGUGUACGCUGGCGGUACCACUGGCCUAUUAAUCUGGGCUGUGACUCUAGCCGGACUCCUUGCUGGUGGUGCAUUGCUUGUUUACAACACAAGUGCUUUGGCUCAAUAAACCCAAUUUUAUGUUAUUUUUGUGUAUUAAGUUUAUUGAUUAGCCAAUUAUAAACUACUGGUAUAAAAAUGACAUGUAAAAUACUUUGUGCAAUCAUGGAUCAUAUUUAGUAAUUGAUUAUGUGAAAUAUCUUAUUGUGUACUA